CUCUCUCGUAACUGUUUAUAAAAAGAAACAAACACACGCACUUGAGGUAAUUUGGGAGAGAAAGUGAGAAAAACGAAAGUUGGUAAAAGUGGUAUAGUACGUUCCUACAUGUUACCAAGGGGAACAUAGACAAGCUUUUUGCAUUGCUUCGAAGUUUUGGUUACUUGUUAAGAAAUCCGUAUAUGCUUGCGUUUAUAAAGGUUGAUGAAUUGUCAAUAAUGUCGGCUGGUACAAUACAAAUAUCAGGGGAGACUUUAUCAAUUGUUGAGGUGGAAAAUAUUAAGGACAAUUUAAGGAAACACCUAAUUUCACUUCUAUCGCUUCGAAAUUGCAAGCUAGAUGCUGAUGGAUUUCGUAAACUAAUGCGUGCAGUGUGCAAAACUAAAUCUUUGCUCCAACUAAACCUUAACAUUGGUGUGGUAGAUUCAGAUGAUAGAGCUAUUCUGUUAGCUAAUGCAUUGAAUAUAAACCGGUCAAUUCAGUCACUGUACUUACAUGGCACACCAUUGGGCGACACCAGGUUUAGUUUGAUGUACCGAGCUUUAUCUCUUCAUCCAUCUUUGGUAGACCUUGAUGUUGGAGAUUGUAUGUUGGGUGAUAAUGGUAUAAGGAUGCUGUGUUACUUACUGGCACCAGAUGGUGCAAAAUCAGGGCUAAAAGAGCUAGUCCUUAGUGCGAAUACAAGAGUAACAAAUAAUGGAUGGGCAUUCUUCUUUUGUUCGUUGGCAGCAAGUUCUUGCUUACGAUCACUUAAUUUGGAUUACAACCCUGCUAUAAGUGACAGCGGUGCUAAGAUGCUAGCUGUUGUGGUUGCUGGUACCAGAUCUUUAAAAAAGAUUGAUUUAGAAGCUUGUAACUUAACUGAAGAUUCCGCCAAGGUGUGGUUGGAAAUGUUGCAAUCUUUUCCCACACCACUACGUGCACUCAACAUUACUGAGAACAAAAUAUCCACAACCACUAUGAGGGAAAUCAAUGAAUGCCUCACACAUGAUAGCUCAAGUGAUGAUGGUUAAAAUGCCAGAAAGAAAUUUAGUUUAACACUGUUACUAUAUUGGGCAGCAUUUUAUACACUGCAGUUCUUUGUUGUAGAAUUUUUUACCUUAUUUUGAUGUUGUAGCACUGUCAUUGUACAUUCAUUUUUAUUGCUGUAUUUAGAGGGUUAACUGUGUUUUAGCUGCCAUCAUGUAUUAAUCACAAAGCAUUUACAUAGUGUUGUUAUACCCAAUAAUAUAAUUAACUUCUUUUCUGUAUUCAUGUACUAUUAGGUGGGAAAUAUUUAUACCGUUAACAUAUGAUAUCCUAUAUUUACUAAUCGUUUUUUCAACUAUCCACAACAUUAUUUUAGAGUUGUGAUGAUACGGUUGUAUAAUUCUGUAAAAAUUCUUUGUUUACUACUAAAUAGGACGAUAAAAGAAAUGAAACCUGGACUUGUAACAUUAUACAUACAUCAGUAUUGAUACACCUCACUAAAUGUACGUACUUAAACAUAUAUUUUUUUCAAUUUUUGGUGUUACUUGCAAUACCACGGAAUCCAUGUUUCAUGCGUUGUAAAUUGCAAUACCGUAAUUAAAUUCGAGACAAUGUUUAUACAGUAGAAACUACCUACUACAUAAUAAAUAGUUGACACCUAUUUAUAA